GUUAGAGGAACAUUUAAGCCAGACAUAGAUCCUUCUUACAUAACAAUAAAUAUAGGGCAAAGUGUGUGUACAUACCUGUAGUAAGGCUUCAAAACAUUAUUUUGUAUGUGCGCCUAUUUACAGAAAAAAUGUUUCACAUUACUGGCAGUAUUAGAAAAAAGCGGUGAGCCACUUAGGCCUGGUAAGAUAUUUCCGUGAUUUUGAAGUGUUCACUUCCAAAUUUAUCUGUGGAUUGCAGCACAUAAAACUAUACAGAUGAUCCAUGAUUUAAAGAAAUGUUGGUAAUCCUAGGGGGGCAGUUUUUCAUCUUUCUUUUUCUUCGCAUUAUGACUAAUAAUUCGUGUUACUUGGAAACAUUAUAAAUUACGUUUGAAUCUGAACAUAUAAUGUUUUAAAAAUUAGAACAACCUACACAUUACACAAUCAAGAAAAGCUUAAUGCAUUUUAGACCUCAGCAAUUCAACUUCUGGCACUAGAAAGAUAGUCAGAUUAUACAAAUGUUUUAUGUAAUCAAUAAUAAUUUAGAAACUUUGCUCCAAGUUGAUAUGUGUCUAAUUAUUUUGUGUGCACGUGCAUUUAAAUGUUCAAAUUUCGCAGUUCUACUUCAUUGGUACCAUGAGGUAAUCAGUGAUUGGCACAACUGCAAAACUUGAAAAAGUGGUCAGUCACAGAUUAUCACCAAUGUCACAGCCGAAUUACAAAUGGCUGACACUAUAGUAGUGGGAUUAUCUUCUACUUUAAAUUGAAAAUCAGUGAUAAUGAUGUUCCAUUAAUAAUGACUGUUACAAAUACUGCACGAUAUUUCCGAAAUUAAUGAGCUUAAUUUAGGACAUUGUUAAUCGCAACAUUUAGUUAAGAAUUAUGUUGCUCUUUGAAGUAAUCUUGAAUGCAGGAUCAAUGUUGGCUGCUUGGAGAUACAUACUGUACUUUAUACAUAAUUUUUCACAGCAAAACAUAUUCAUCAUGCUUGAAAGGUUAGUAAUAGGUUAAGUGAAUCACGGUUUUUGUUGACUACAAUCAUUCCCGCCCUAUUUCUUAUUUGUUGAACUGACACCAUUUUAGUGGACGUUUGGAGAUUGCUGUCAAUCAUUGGCCGAAACAGUGCUGACUUUUUCCCCACCCCGCCCUUCAAUAUGACCAUUGGCUAUACACCUGUCAUUACAAAUUUUAAAUGUCAAUAUUGUUAAUCAUAUGAUGUAAAUUGGUUUAUUUUACCGGAAAUUGUGAAGAAUAAUUUUAAUUCUUUUACAUAUGUCGUUGUCAUAAUGUAUUGUCCCUAAAAUAUGGCACACCAUUUUCAUAGUAGCUGUGUUAAAAGAGGAAGAUUCAUGUUAUAUACAAUGAAGAUAUUUCACUGACUACACGAAUUCUGUGUUAGAUAAAUGUGAUGUCUUUGUGAUUCUGGAUUAUUACUGUGAUGACUAGUUGAUAUAAGAGUCCAUCAAGAAUGGCAAGAAUUAUAAUUGGCUUUACAUGACAUGAAGCAAAAAGAGUCAGUGUUUGUAGUUUUUUUAUUACAAAAUGCUUGCUGUAACACAACGAAAUAUUUACCUGCAUUAUUAGCUGUCAAGUGAUUAUGUAUACAUUUUUUUAAGUUUAUUUUGUAAUGUUUGAUAAUGGUCUACAUGAAUCAUAAUUGGAAGAACUGCGUGUGACAUUCUCAUCUUUGGAUAAAUUAACCUAAAAGUGAUGCUUGAUUGCCUCCUCUUUAUACUGCUUAGUUCAAGAGAUAAUGAAUGAAUGUGGGUUUGAUGAGGACUUCAGUGACACAUUGAGUAGGAAACAAAUUGACAUCAAUGUUAUUGCUGGUUAAAGAUUAUAUAAGUAUUGUUUUGGCUGAAAUAUGGCAGAAGGCAUACCUCAGAUCAGAACAGAACAUAAGUGUAACUCAUCAGUUAGUUUCUCACAUUCUCAAGGUCUAAGUCAACAAACAAAUGGUGAAGAUGACAUUCAAAUAUCACUUGCACCAUACAUUCAAAGCUAUUUGGCUCAGAGUGGUCAGCGGACAAGUUGUUGUGGCAUCUACCUACCUAUUCUGUUUGAACGGGCAGCCAACCAUUCCUGGUGGGACCCUCGCUUUGACUCUGAGAUACUUGAAGGCCAAUAUCGAAGAAGCUCAUUUCCUCAAGUGCGACUUCGGUUCCAAUAUGCCCUUUUGUACAUCCUUGUUGUAUCCCUGUCAUGGUUCAUAUAUUUCCUCAUGACUGGCCUCAAAGGAAACACUCAGCACUGGAUUGCUGUUUCUGUAACAUUUGCCAUUCUGUUUUUUGUAAUUGGGUUAGUUUUACUUCUCACUUACACAGAUAUAUAUAGGCAAUAUACAUGUCAAAUUUCAAUAUUUGUUGCUACCCUCAUUAGUGGCUUGUCACUAAUUUUUGUAAUUUUUGAUCCAUCUAUAGAAAAGUCCCCAGACAUUACACCUGUUGGACAGUUUUCCCUUUGUAUUGAGAUUCUGCUUGUUAUUUACACAGUGAUUCCAUUGCCACUUUACAUGUGUGUAGCUAUUGGAGGAGCUUAUUCUGUAGUGUUUGAAUGCUUGACUCAUUACUUAAGUACUGGAGAAAUUUACAGCAACAUGAGAAGCGCUGGUAUUGCUGUGCGCAUUUUGCUUCAUAUGUGUGUUCACCUCAUAGGCAUUCAUAUUUUGAUAAUGACUCGUGUUCGUAUGCGUGGAACUUUUAUGAAAGUUGGACAGUCAUUGCUUGUGAGACGGCAAUUGGAGAUGGAAAAACAGCUUAAGGAGAAAAUGAUUCACUCAGUGAUGCCACCAAAAGUUGCUGAUUGGCUGAUGUCAGAAACAGGAGGUGGAAGAGAAGAUGAUGGAGGAAAAGAACGAGGUGAUCAUACAUUGAGGUAUUCCACACGUGGUUCAAACCCUGGAGGGAGUGACAUACGUUCCCUUUUCAGACCAUUCAAUAUGCACCGCAUGGAAAAUGUGAGCAUAUUAUUUGCAGAUAUUGUUGGUUUCACUAGAAUGAGUUCAAAUAAGACUGCUGAGGAAUUAGUGGGCAUUUUGAAAGACUUAUUCGAGCGAUUUGAUGAUUUGUGUGCGACACAUGGCUGUGAGAAAAUCUCAACCCUCGGUGAUUGCUAUUAUUGUGUUGCUGGUUGUCCUGAACCUAAACCAGACCAUGCUACAGCCUGUGUGGAGAUGGGACUUGCGAUGAUAGAUGCCAUCAAGCAGUUCGAUGCAGAGAGGGAUGAAGGAGUAAAUAUGCGAGUGGGUGUCCAUACUGGCACAGUACUUUGUGGUAUUGUGGGUACAAGGAGGUUCAAGUUUGAUGUGUGGUCCAAUGAUGUGACACUGGCCAAUCAAAUGGAAUCAACAGGCAAGCCAGGGCGGGUUCAUGUUUCAGAAGCUACAUGCAAAUUUCUGGAUGAUAUGUAUGUGCUUGAGGAAGGAGAAAUGGUGCAAGGCAUGAAGACAUAUUUCAUUCAGGGACGCAAGUCAGAUACCUCUUAUGAGAACUUACUUCAUCAGAAAGAUAAUCCACCUUCCAGUCUCCUACCCAUUGUAGUGGCACCCCCAUCUUCCCCUCCCGAGUCACAAUCACAUGUUGUCUCCUCUGACCCAAAACAACGACCACAUUUUCUUGGUCUCAUGUCCUCCAACUCACUUAGUUAUGCCACUAACAGAAUGAAAGCACAUUCCUUACCAAGCAUCCUCAAUUCUGACAAUGAUAAUGAAGACAGUGAGAGAGAUGAAGGUGGGAGAGAUAUCAGCAAGAGUCCUACAUCACUCACAGGCUGUGGUGCUAGUGGCAAGUUCUCUCCACUCUGUGUCACUCCAUGGAAGCAUCAACCCAGAAAGUUGAAAAAAAAAUCAGGAGAAAGUGGAAUUCUGGAACAGAAUCUUCCACAUUCUACGCCCCUGUUAAAAGAAUUGGAUGUCAGUGAAGAUAAUAAUGGGUACCAGCAGUUGGUGAACCCCAGUGAAGAAGUUGCAACCAGAAACACUGUGGCUCACUUGAGUGUCCCAUCACCAAAUGAAGAUCAGCUGAGUGUAUGUCUGUCUGUCAACAGCCGCAAAGAUUCUGGCAUUCGUAGCAACAGCAGACGAAGCAGCAUCCAGCAGCAGAUCUAUGUGAUGAAUGGAAUAGCUCAGGGUGAGCUACUAACUCACCGUGUCAGUGGCUACUAUACAUCUAGCCAGUCUUCAAUAAAUGACACAGAUACUGACCAGGAUUUAAGGCGGAGUCAUCUGCCUCCUCCUUUGGGAGACAAUUUCACUAUCUGUUUCCACAAGCUGCGCAAACAGUCAGACCUGCAACUCAUCCGCUGCGUUCAAGACAAUGUGACAUCACAUCACAGCUAUUUUGUGAAGCCCCCUCUCUCUGGUAUCACUUUGUUCUUUCGGCAGAAGGAAAUGGAACGUGAAUAUCGUGCCUAUGCCCAUAGAAUUACUGAAAAGCAUGGAGGCUCUCCUCCAACACUUGCUACAUCUCGCUUUAACACCUACUUUGACAUUCUCAUCUCAGCACUGGUGUACACUGCCAUUGCAGUUUCUCUUUUCUUACUGUACAGUGUGUCCCCUAUUUGGAUUGCAUUUUGUACAGUAGCAACAGCUAUUCAGAUAUCUGUUCUGUUACUCUGUGUUCAACAGUUUCUUAAGCCAGUUUCAGUUCAUUCUGACUCGGGAACUGGAACAUAUAUUUCUCACUGGCUGCUUGAUAAGUUUUCACAUUGGUAUCCAUGGCACAUUUGUGGUGCUGUUUUGGUAAGUCUGCCCAUAGUGUCAGUUCUAGUAAAUUUUCUGUGUAUGAAUUUUUCUUCUACAAAUGGUGGGGAUCUGUAUUUUAGUUAUAUGCUAUGUGUGGGACUUGUACAUUUCUGUAAUUUUACACAGUUGAAUUGCUGGAUGAAGAGUGUUCUGGCAAGUCUGGCUGGGAUAGUGUAUGUUUCUUUAGUAGCUAGUCAUGCCUGUUCAGUUUUUACAUUUGACUAUAACAGUGGACCCAGAAACAAUUUUAACCCUAAUGUGACAGCUGGAAUGGUCAAUCUGUCACUCCAUAAUAAUCAUAGUUCUGUUGCAGAAUAUUUUGAGAAGCAGCGUGGACAUCAUAAUUUCAAUCUUUACCAUGGAGAGAUUUUUAUCGAUGUAUUGUUGUUACUUGUUUUAGUUUGGUUUUUGAACCGAGAAUUUGAAAUCAGUUACAGAUUAAGUUUCCACAGUAACAUGGUAGCUGCUCAAGACAGAGCUAGAGUUCAGAACAUGAAGAACCAAGCUGAUUGGCUUCUACACAAUAUAAUUCCAAAACAUGUUGCUGAUCAGCUAAAAAACACUGCCAAAUACUCUGAAAACCAUCAGGAUGUUGGCAUCAUCUUUGCGAGCAUUGUUAAUUUCAACGAGAUGUAUGAUGAGUCUUAUCUUGGAGGCAAGGAGUAUUUAAGAGUUCUGAAUGAAUUAAUAGCAGAUUUUGAUGACUUGCUGACAAACCCAGACUUCAGAAACAUUGAAAAAAUUAAAACUAUUGGAAGUACAUUCAUGGCUGCAUCUGGUUUGAAUCCUGAAGUUCGACGCCAAAAUAAACAUCCAUACCAGCACUUGUUUGAACUCAUGGACUUUGCCAUGUCAUUACAGAAAGUGAUUGAUGAUUUCAAUCGAGACCUGCUUGAAUUUAACCUUAUCUUAAGGGUUGGUUAUAAUUUUGGUGAUGUUACAGCAGGAGUUAUAGGGACCACUAAGCUUUGUUAUGACAUCUGGGGUGAUGCUGUUAAUAUAGCUAGCAGAAUGGAUUCUACAGGAGUUCGAGGAAGAAUUCAAGUUGGGGGUGCUUGUGUGCCUGUUCUCUCUGAACGAUAUGAAUUUGAACCGCGUGGUUCUGUAUAUGUAAAAGGUAAAGAUAAUAUGAAUGUCUUCCUGGUGAAAGGCAAGCGUGGUGAUAUAAAUAUUGAUGAUGGUUGAGGAAAAUUCUGCUGCUUUUCAGUUUAUAUCAUUUGUCUGAAUCAUCAGAUUUAAAUCAACAGUAUGGUUUCCGUUUCUUAAAGGAAACCAUUUGCUUAUGGGUUACAUAUUCAUAAAUAUAUGCCCUUGAUAUAUGAUAAAUCAAGAACUGGUCAUUUUGGCAAGUGCAUGGCAUAUGCCAUCCUGUUGUGUCAAAUCUUGCCAAUCUAAAAUUGUUGAUACAAACAUGCUGUCUCUUUCCAAUAGAUGGGUACAUCAGUUGAUCUGGUUGGCUUGCCUCUCUCUGGAUCCUGCAGUAUGAACCUGAUUGUGAUUAACUAGUCUGAAUAUUAAAUGCCAACAGUUUUUCAGUUCUGGCUGAUCAUACAGUAGAGCAUUGUGCCAUACUAUUAAAGCUGUGACAUAAUUGUGUUGUGCCCAAAAUAUUGAUCAUUUUUACUCAGUAUUGUGGUAUGUAUCCUUUGCACAAAGUGCAUAAUGUGAAUAGACAGUAUGGAGGACACCCAUUUGUCAACACAUUUAUUCUCUUAAACUACUGGACAAAGUUUAAUAUAAUUUGAUAUGAGGGAUGAGAGGGGAUGUCUGAAUUAAAAAGUUAAGUGGAAAAUGUAAUUGUGGUUCAUAUCAAUCUAAUAUAACCUUCAUUUUACAUUAGACUGAAAUAAAACUUGAUUUUCUCUAAAAUGGCUCAUACAAAAAAAAGAUAUUAGAGUAAAACUUUGACUUGAAACAUCUUAUGAUAUAGUGAAUAUUUAAUGAACUACAAAAAAAUUCUGAGGUUGACAUUUUCACAGUGGUGAGGAUUAUGAUAAUGUUCCUGGUUUUGGUGCUAUAUAGACUCACAGAUGUUGGCAUUCCAGACAAACAUAUGUCCAUUCUCUUCAAAGUUUAAAAAUGGAGAAAUUGUUUUUUCAAAACAUUGGCAUCUACCUGCAAUUCUAUAUGGUGCCAAAACCAGGUCAUCAUCAGUAAUAAAAAUAAUUUCCAACGCAGUGCAUUGGUAUUAGCUUUGCAACAGCAGGUAUGUAACUGAAACAAAUGAAUAUCAAGGCCAGUGAGGUGUACUUUGAGUAUGUCUUUCUACUCUUUCAGCUUUGUGCAGUACUGUAGAGUAACAGAAAGCAGACUAGGUAUAAUUAUAUAUGCUAUUACAUUACGGUAGGUUAUCAUUCUAUAUUUUCUUUUAUAUUAGGUGUGGAUUUUUCUGUCUUGGAAGUUCAAAAGAUGUGAAUAAUGUAUUACUUGAUAGUAAAGUUAUUCUAUAUUGGUGACUUUCUGAGUAUUAGGAACAUUGCUUUCUAAGUAGACUCAAUAUUUAAUUUCUAUAAUAGUGGCUCCUAUCUCAAGGUGGGCCUGCUAAUACCAUGUCAUGUCUUUAUUUUGUCAGUUUGAGAAGUAUACUGUCAUUUGUUAGUCUCUCCCACACAUCCAGAGGCAAGUCACCAUGUUACAAUUGAAAGUAUACCCAAUGCAUCAACUGAACAUCACAGUUAACACUCUUGUUUUGCAUUCAGAAGAUUCUGAGUUUAAGUCUCAGCCUGGAAGCUAGUUAUCCUGAUAUAGAUUUUCUAAAUUCCUCUAAACAAAUUCUGGGAUAUCACCUUAAGUAGACAAUGAGACCAUUUCUUUUCACAACCUUUCUAAUUUCUCAUAUAUAAUCAUCAUCCUGUUUGAUAUUAUAUGACCUCUGCAGUUGAGAAAGUAUUGUUAAAUAAACAGACUUCUUGAAACAUCAGUUCUUAUUAACAUGGAAGCCAUACAAUAUGCUUCUAACUGAAAUUAUGUGGAAAUAGAAAGUUGAGUAAGACUACCUACAGUGUUGAAGACGAGUUGGAGGAAAAAAAAUCAGCUAACCACAAAUUAAAUUAUGUAUGAAACAAAAUUAAUGUAAAUGUUGACAGAUAUAUAUUAUUUCCUUCUGCAUCUGUGACUUUUUAUAUAAAUUUCUUAGCAAAUAGAAAUGUAAUAAAUUGUCUCGCAUAGUUUUCAGUACAAAAAAGAAAUAAAUGGGGAUGAAUUAUAUUGAUAUUCUGAAAAUCAGAUGACCACUAAAGUAACUCUGUCAUACUGCCAAAACACUCAUAUUUUGUUCCUACCUGCAAUAAAUAUUAUACUGUUUAUGACCAAAAACCAUAAUUGUGAACAUACAGCUCUUUACAAAUGAAAGUUACAUAAACUCACAUGAAAGUAUUACAUUUUUAGCAAUGCAAGUUAUUCUUAUGCCAUUAUUUUACAUCACUUAUGUUUGUACAUGUUCUAACCUGUGUAUCUCUGAGUUUAUUAAAGUAUGGGUGUGGCCAAGAUUGUUAACACAUUAUGAAAUUUAACUCUUUCAUCAUCAUGGAUGAACUCAACCAGUAAAGUGACUGGCUACAGAUUGAAACAGUCAAGGUCUGACUUCACUUCAUUAUCCCUUUGAGACAAGUUCUGGAGCCACCCAGGUUUCAUAUCCAAUUAUACCAGGAUCUGUUUCCCUAAGGAUAAAGUAACUGGAGCGUUAAACUGAACAUGUACCUCUAAUUAGUCAUGAGGUCUAGAAUGGGUGAAGCUUUGUCUUAUCUCAUACCAUUAUGAUGUGGUGCUUAGACAUAAAGGCACCUUCUACUCUUGCUGUCAUAAUAGAAAGUUAAACUGUGCAUUGUUGUGGAAUCUGCUUAAAUAGAGUGCUUAUUUUUUAUAGAUUUAAUAGCAAACAGAAAUGUAAAACACUUUCUUAGGUACAAGAAAAAUGGGUAAAAAUUAAAAAUUGGUGAAAUAUUGUAUUGUUACAUAGAUUCUGAAAAUUGGAUGAAUAUUAGUUAACACAAAUCCCACCAAAUGUUGCAGCUGAAUGGUGUACUGCAGAAUAUUUGUAAAAUUCCAAGUCCAGAGCCACACUCUUCUGAUUAAGGUUUAUUGUGAUUUUCGUCAGUCCCCCAAUGUCUGUCCAGCAGUCACAGUUAUCCUCUGUAACCUGUGCAGUUGGCAAAGUGUUAGAUAAACUAGGAAAAAUAUGGCUGGUAAUUUUAUCUCCAAUAGUGAAAGGGUUAAAUGGAUAAUGGAACAUUAAAAAAUUUCAGUAUUGAUGAUGUUAAUUUUUAUUAUUUAGUUUUAAUAAUUGUUGAUAUUGUUGUGUUGAUUCUUUUUUCUUUAGUGCUAUUGACUUGGAAAUAUGUGAAUUUAAUAUUCUUUUAUUUUUAAUUCUUAUUCAUGAAUUAUAGUAGUAAUUGCUGAUAGAUUAUCAGCAGUCUCCAUCAUGUGUUUAUUGCUGAUUUAUUAGUGCUGUUCAUUAUAUUUUGCUGUGUUUGCAGCUGUGACAUAAGUGAAUUUAUAAAGGAUGCCUUUUUUAUUUUCAAGAGAAUUAAGACUACUUGAUUUAACUUGGUAUGUUCUAUAAAUAUAUGGUAAUUGUAGCAUUUGAACAUGAAGAUGUACAUGUUAUGGUCUAUAUUUCUCUGAAUAUAUUACACUUUCUUUCUUAAAAAUUCCUGAAGAAAAAUUGACAACAUUAUAUUCAGACAUUCAGUACUGUUAAGUAUAUUACCAGAAUUUGGCUGUAGUAUGUUCCUUUUUAUUAAAAUUAUUUUUCUUGUACUUCAUGAUUAAUGUUUUAAAAUUAAUGUUAUCCUCUAAGCUAGCAGCACAUACAUAACAAUGAAGAUGUUUUCUAUCUAUAAAUUAACUGAAAGCAACAGUUUUAACAUUAUAAUGUAUAAACAUUCAGAAUUAAUACUGGUAAAUUUCUGUCUCAGUCAGUAAUUAUGAGCUGUAGAAAUCUUGCAGAUUCUUUAAAUAAUGGCAUUACCACAUAUAAACCUUUUAUUAUAAUUUGUAACAGUGGACAUGUGGAAAAAUGUUGAUGAAAUAUUUCUAAAAAAUUUCAAUGCAUUGCUGAUUGAUUAGUGUAUUUAGACAGUACACAUUGUGCAAGUGAUGUGUAAAAAAAUACCUUGUUAUGUUAAUUUAAAUUUUUAAAAUUCAGGUGCAGUUACAUUUCACAAUGGAUUGAACUCUGGAAAAUUUUCUUUCUGGAGAGUAGAAAAGAGAAUUUGUGACUGUUCUGUAGUUUUGCAACUGUAUUUCUCAUGCACCUUAAAACAUUGUUAACCCUUUCAAGAUCAUGACACAUACCUCCUUCACAGUUUGGUAUUUCUUACAUAUGACACAAAUAUUUGUUGGUUCCACUUAAAAAAUAACCACUCAAAAGGUAAAUGUAACAGUUCAUUUUAAUGUAUUUUACCAGAAUUUUAAACUACAAUUUUGAAGUCUGAACAGUAGCAUCACAUUUUACCAAAAACCGCAGCAAGAAUUGUGUUAUCUAUUAAUUUACUUGUAUUGCAUAGUGCAUAGAAGAGCCAUAGGUCAUUUGAAUUAUGACUGACAGAUAGUUGUGUCAUCAAUUCUAUUCAAGACAGACACAUUUUCAUCAUGAAUUUGAUUUAUUUAAUAUGACUAAAUGACCAGGGUUUCAUUCCCUGCAGAAUUCUCUGUUCACCACAACAUCCAAACCUGCUCUGGGACCUUCCCUGCCUCCUAUCCAGUGGGUACCAGGGUCUCUUCCUUUGGGUUAAAGUAUAUAAGAUGUGAAGCUAACUGCACACCUCCAUUUGGUACCAAAGUUAAGAAUGUCUGGAGCAAUACAUCCACCUCCUCCCUGCAUAUGUGUGUUUGGUGUGAUGCUUACUUAAGCACCGGAAACUGCUUUACGUUUAUCUGCUACAUAAGGAAAGAAUUGACCAUGAAAUGGUUAAUUUAUAGAACAUAAAAAUCUUAACAUGUUUUAUGAUUGUUUAAAUCAUAAGAAAUAUGAGCAGAGUUGAUGCUUUAAUCUCAUGCAUGUUACUGGUAUCCUCUUUGGAGGACAGACCAUUAUAUUUUUACAUAGGCUUAUGUGGGAAAUAAAUUAACCCCAUGUGCCCUAAUCUGGAACCUAGCUUAUGGAUGCAGUGGAAGGCUAAACAAGAACCUGGCAACUGUGAUAAUUUGGCAUAUUUCAGGUUUUGUAGAUAUUAAGAGACAGUUAUAUAGUUUCAUUGUAACAAACAUUUUAAUGUAUCAUUGUUAACUAACCAUGGUCUAGCUCUUACUAUCAUCUUCAGGUGAUCCUUAAUUGCUUAGUGUAUUAAUAUUUGCUUAACACGUUUUCUCUCAUACACUCUGUGCCUGUUAUCCAUAUAUCUUUUGGUAUUAGUUAAUUUAUGUGUGGAUGUGAAUAUAAUAGCUAUAAAAACAAAAGUGAUGGAUGAAGUCCAAAAAAUUUAAACUUGUUGAGGUGUGUAUAUAUUUAUAUAUAUGGAAACUGAAGUAUGUAAAAUUAAACUGAAUGACAUCAGAACACCAGUUAAUAAGUAGCUACACAAGUUUGUGACAUAAAAGUGACAGUAACAGAAAUAACCUUCAGAUUAAAGACAGAAAAUUUAAUUGUGAUUGAUGCACAUGUAAAGCAUUAAAUAAUAUCAGUAGCUAAAUGAUAAUUGAUUGUAAGAGAGAUGCAUUAAACUGAUCAAUGAUUAAUAGUGAAAAUCAUUUGAGGAAGACACUAGUUGUUGAAAUAUGUUGUGAUUAUUGAACAAUGCUUAGGACAAGUAUUAGACUAGAAUUGCAAAAUAGUUGUUACCAAAGCUUAUCAUAAUUAACACUAAUUUAUAUAUGAAUUGAGAUUUAACUACAUAGUCAUUUAAAUAUUAUUUACAUGAAUUCAGUGUACCAUUUAAAUUAGGACUCAAGGGAUUUAUCAGUAAUAUCUUUUAAACUAUUCCACUGUGCUAAGUAUGUAUUUUUCAAAGAAGUCAUUCCUUCUACUGUUAAACAUCUUUAUUUCAUUCCAUUGUGAUGUACUGUUGCCGUCAUAAUUAAUGAUGGCUAUAAUAGUUCACUAAUAUUUUUAAACUGACAUAUUUUAAUAUUUUGCUUGAAUCAUGUGGUCCUUCACUGAGCAACCCUUUCACUCUUAUGGACAGAAUUAUUCCUUCAGUUGUAAGGAACAACUAUUUAUUUAUAGAAAUGAACGUGCUAUAAAUGAUAUCCAUUCUUACUUGUUUUGCAUUUUAGAAAUACACCAACUCCUUGUUUUAUGAAUAUUCAGAUAACACUGUUUUUCACACUGUAUGGAGGCUGCACACGAUACUGAGUUUGAGAACCUCAACCAUGAACAUCUUACAAUUAGUAAAUCAUCCCCUGUCAAUGUGAAAUACCACCACUUAAGUUUUUUGGUCCCAGUUUUUCCUUCAUAUCCUUGUUUUAAUUAGUACUGUUUAUCAUAAUAAAUUAGUACAUAUUAUAUUAUGCCAUGUGUUUAUGUGACUGUAAUAUUUCUAAUUAUUGCCUUUAAUAUCAUAGGAAAUUACUUUUUACUAAGAAAAUUUUUAUUACAUGGAAUAUGUUACUUUUGUAUAAUGAAGAGUCAGUGUAGACUAGUUUAAAUACAUACAUGUUCAGUAAUGAAAUGAUCAUGUUCGGUAAAUAGUAACUAACGCAAAGUGUGAUUGUGUUAAAUUUAUGUCACAGCCAAAACAGGUGGCAUGAUUCAAGAACAUCUUGUUACUAAAUUGUCCUUUAUGGUGAAAUCAGUCUAAAAUGGAGAUUGGAUCAAAUGAAAAACUGCCUUUAUGAGAAAAUGCCACCAUUCCCUAGAAUUAUAGGUUUUAAACCAAGGUGGAAUUGCCUCUAAUAAACAGGAACAGUUUAUAAUGUUGAAUCAAAGAGAAAACUAUAAUUUAAUGUAAAACAUCCUCCUGAAAAUGUUAUUAUUUUAUGUUCAUAAUUUUCUUCUGUAUUUUGCUUCCUGGAAUUUAUCUGAGGAACAUUCCUAUCAAAAGACUGGAAAGGUCUACUCUUUGGAGUACACUGGCAUUACAAAGGUGUUCUUCGUGCCACAUUGUGUUGGUCGUUGUUGCACUAGUUUUAUCUUAAGUAAUGUUUUUAAUUCUUGUGAUCCCAGUUCAUUGUUGUCAACUAUGGGUUCCAACAAUACAUGAUCUCUGAUCCCAUUGUUGUGAAAAAUAGCAGAGAGGUAUGCACAACUGGGCUGAUAAGGUGUUUCUUGCUCAUACUAGAGCAUGAAGGGUGACUAAAAAUUGAGCCUGACCAUGUAUAAACUAUCCAUACCGAAUUUUAAUGGACUGCUAAAAGAAAGAAUAAGUAAAGAAAGGAUGAAAGAAAAUGUAAUAUGUUUAGUGUUAAGUAACAUUGUAAUGUACAUCUGUAGGAUGAAUGUCUGACAUGAUUUGGAACAUGUUUUAAAUAGAAAACUCUCUGAAAAGGAAUAGCCCAUAUGUAUUUUAGGCCUCUGUUCUAAGUAGCUUUACUGUAGUAAUUAAAGUUCUGUUACUACAUCAACAUAAAGCUUUUACAAUAAGCUGAAUGUCAGUACACACUGGUCUUUCUUUCAUUUCCAUUCACAAGACUUGUCAAAUUUAUUAACCAGUCAGCUGGACUAAUCCCCAUUUACCAUAUUGUUUUAAUUUUAUAUGGGUUUCUUGCUCUUUUAAAACAGUUUUGACAAGUAGUGCAAGAGAGGUUAAAUAUAAACCCACUCAACUGCUGUUACUACAAAUCAAGGUUCAGUAGAAUCAUACCUGUAGUGCACUCUUCACACAUAUUGCAUCAUGCAGUCCCAUGUAUUCAUUUUCAUUGUAGCAUAUAAAAUCAGCAAGUUGUGUGGUGAGUUUCAGUCUAAUUGAUGAACUGUGUGAGAUAUGGGAGUUUAGAAAGUAUGACUUGUCAGAUUGACAUCCAUUCAAAUAGGACCAACACAUAAUGAUUGAAUUGUGGGUGCACAGGACUGUCAGACAGUGGAGAUUCAUCUGAAGAGGAAGGCAUUGCAUGGGAAUAUGUGUUUGUCCAAAACAGCUGACUCUGGUAUAGGCAGUUCUAGCAAGAUCAGCAAUCAGCAGUGGAUAUUCCAGCAUCUGUUUCAUCAUGUCACCACAGUAGAAACAGCAGUAUGAGAUGGCAUUAAGGCCAUAGAAAAAUACGUAGACAUCAGAAUAGGAACAGUGAAUUACAAAAUUUAUGAUCUUGGAGUGAAAUGGUAUGUAGUCAUUGGGCAUUACACUGACUCGGUGUAGAACAAAAAUUUCAGAGCUUACCUGCAGCAUGUAGUGUGAUUUAACGCAAGUGGAAAUGCUCUCCUGCAGAAUAUUGUUAUUGAUAAAACCUGAUGUCUUCAUGAGCUGGAGUCAAAAGAAUCUGCCAUGAAAUGGAAAUACCCUAAUUCCCCUGUCAUAAUAAAAGUUCAAGGCUCAAACACCUGCCAUAAAAAUGAUAGUUGCCAUCUUUUUCAGUCAUAGCAAACUUAGCUUGCAGAGGUGGACUGGGGUUCCAUAAUUGUUUGCUGAUAUGGUGUUGAUAUUAACACAAAACAUCCAGGGAAACUCAUCAUUCUUUAAGAUAGUGCACACUUUCAAGGCUAUAUUUCAUUUAAUGUUUUGAGGUGUUAUAACAUGGUCCAUGUGGACCAAUUGUGACCAUGUGAUCUUAGUGCAUCUGAAGAGGGCACUAAAGGAUGAUGAUUGUAAAAAAACACAGAAUUCAAACUGGUUGUACACCAUUGGCUUUACCAUCCAGCUCUUGGUGACUCAGUAGUAGGAUGCAUGCCUCAGUUCAUAUGGUGACUUUUAGUGGGACAAAUAAGUCACCAGCAAUAGCCCUUGUUGCAGGUUUCUGUCUUAUCUCCUUAUACUUGUCUUUGUUUCUACAUGUGCACUUUUUCAAAACAAUAGUUGAUAGAUACAGAUGAACUGUUUCAGGUCCUCUGUUGAAUUCUGGUCCAUUUAUCUCUGCUUUGAUUAUGAGUAUUCAUCUAGCAUAUAAUUCAGCUCUCUACUUUGAAAAAUGCAUUCAGGAAGCAAGGUGAACUUUCAUAGAUACGUGGAUUAGUCAACAGUACUGUACGAACUGUAUAGUUUAUAUGUAUACAGAGUGCCCCAAAAAUAUGUAUAUGUUUGUUGAUAUUUUAUAUUAGCCUUGUCAGUCAGUUGCUCACUGCUGUUGACUGUACCAGAAGCUACUGGAUUUGCUAAUUCACGAAGUGCCAAUGCUGAUAUAUGUAAUGGUUUAGUUUAUUAAAAUGUCUUUAUUUCAUUCAUUGGAUGUGUGUGUGCAUAGUUUUGGGAUACCUGUAUAUAUAGCCUCAAAGAAGAUGAUGGAAUAUGUACACUGAGCUGAGAUAGUCUGAAGAAAUCAGAGUAAAUCACAUUGAAGAUAGACAGUGCCUUGGUCAUUACUUAAAUCUAAUGCUUCUCAGAUAUAGGUCUGACAUGUUACUGCAGAAUCAGCCAACUUAGUAUAGAUAUUGAAGCGUAGCAUGUUGAUUUUGAACCUUAUUUUAUGCGUUAUAUAUACAGAAUCAACAAGGCUUUUGGUUCAACAAGUGAAAGCUUCGUUCACAGUGAGCCAUCAGUUGAAACAAAGCAAUUGUUAAAUUAUAUCACCACUAAUGACAUAAAAACACUUGGAUGGUGUUACUUUAUCCAUACUAUAUCGCUUUACCACUUUCAUUACUACUCAACUCAUGUACUUAUUCACUCUAUAGACAUUGGGAAUGAAGUGUAAAACAGAAUACAGAAGGUUAUUAAUUGGUUGGAACAUCAAAAUACUGUAGUUUAAAUGGUGCAGGAAAGGGUUAAAUACAAGGUGAAUGUAUGAUCAUCUUUGGAAAAAUAAAUAGAAUUAGAGCAUAUGUUGCCCCUAGGUAUGUAUCAAAUAGAAAAAUAAUGAAGGCAUUCGUAGUGUGUCUGUCUUAGAAGUAUUUUAUGAUCACCAAGCAGCCAAAGAGGCUAACUAUGUGCCGGUAUUUUCAUGCCUCAUUUGAUAUGUUGUAACUUCACAAUCGGAAAUGAACAUUACUUUUGUUAGUGCGUAAUAACUUACAUUCUCACAUUUUUGUAGAAGUUUGUGAUGCAAGUAUUUAUUCAUUAGAUAUGUGCUGAAAGUCUAUUAAAAUAUGGACUAAGUGGAUGAAUGUAUUUAUACAUAUGAUUUUCAUGGCGGUCUGUAUUAAUUGUAGAGAGUAUAUUGAAAUGGUCAAAACUGCCAACAUUUCAGACUUUCAAACUGACUAUUAGCUUUAUUCCAGACCAGUCACAAUAUAGUUGAAAAACACAACUGCUGGUUCACUGCGCUUUCAGCUUCUUAAUAUGUUGGCAAGACCACACACUCCAGAUUUGUGUUCAGGGGUUCUGAGUUCAAAUUUUUUUUUGAUAUUCCAACUGAACUGACUUUCUUUUUUAAUUUUCCCCAGUCAUAUGGUUGGAUACUACCUAGAAAUACACCACAGCUAUUAAUUAUUACCAUUUUUUCAUUUCAUGUUACAUAACCUAUGCAGUUGAGAAAUAAAUUAAGAAGUACAUAAAGAUACAAUCUUGCACAUUUUCCACUUAUGUGUUAUUGAUCUGAGACAGAAGUUUACCUACAAUAUAAUUUUCUGUACUUAUUCAUCUGUUGCUUAGGUUUUGGCCUUCUCUGUGGUAGGUAUCACUUCUUUCAUUUGUAAAACAUAUUUCCCUAUGAUGAUGUUAUUUGUGUGGGUUUGAUAUAUGAUCUCUUCAUUUGAACGAAAAAUAUAAAUUACAAGUCCCUGAAACAAAAGUGCUCAGGAAAGUGUUUGGACCUAAAAAGUAAGCAGUAUGUCAGCAAUUUAGGGUAUUACAUAACAUGAAACAUUUUGUUACUAACAUUGACAAACUUAAAUAUUUUAAAUAUAGACUUACAAGUAUUAUUAUGCAAGAUGGGUUAUUGAAAAUUAUGCAAUUAUAAUGUGUUCUUGCAAACAUGAAUUUAUGUCAUCCCUUAAUUUAGGAAGUUCCUAUAACUGUUUACUAAAUUAGAGUUUGCUGUAAUUUUAUGUAAAAAGAAUAUACCUUCCCAGAUGUAGGCCUACUGUAUGAUAUAAUUUUGUGAUACUACUUUUUAGCUGUUGGGUCAAAAUUAUGUAAUGUAACAUGCAGAAUAUUUCCACUACUUUAAAUGACUUAUUCACUUUUUGGGUUUUAUUACAUUUUGAUAGCCGACUUACCUGAAAAUGUAGCCAGGGUGAGGAAAAGUCAUGAAACCCAUUCCUGAUACAUGUUCUUUUUGUCAAAAAAUAAAUUACAGAAAAAUCAGAAAACAAAAAACAAUGUUAUAUUAAGUGUUGGAAAUGUCUACUGCAUCAACUCUUUUCCGCAUGUUUGAUUCAACCUGGUGAAGACUUCCUCUAUCGGAAACUUUUCACCAGAUGAGGCAUUGUUGAGCUGUUUGGCACAGGAGAAUCAGGAAAUGUAUCCCUAAACACUUUCUGACAAAUUAACACGAGAUGCCAGGCAGAGUUCAAUAUCACUCAUCGAACUUGUGAAAAAGACAUUCUUGCACUUCAUCUGUUUGAAGACAGCUGACAGACUGGCAGGAGCAUGUUACAACAUGACCUGUGUUGGCUCUUAAGAAAAGUGAUAUUGUGUGUGUAUUAAUAAAAUCUAAUUGCAUUGAAUUGCAGUCACCAGUAAAUAUUUUAAUAUGGGUUGCAUGACUUUCUGAUCACCUCUGUUAAAUAAUACAUUGUCAUAUAAUCUGUAAACAUGAAUUGAAGCUAGAAAUGUACAGUGCAAUAGGGACGCUUCCCCCAGUCACAUUUUCACCAGUAUGUUAGACAUAUAGAAUAUAUUUUUCCAGCUCGAGGAUGUAUUGUAUUUGUAAACAUGGAUCAUAUUCCAUACCAGCAUUUCUCAAGAAGAAUUAUACCAUGACUGUAUUUACAAUCAAAAGAAAUAAUAGUAUAUGUAUAAAUAGCCUUAAUGCUUAACAUCACAGUUAAUCAUUAGCAGCAGAGAUACAAUUUUAGCACAUUGUGCCUCUUACAAAGACAAUUUCAAACUUCAAGAGCAUUAGUUCAUUCUACUCUAACCAUACUACAGACCUGUUAGAUUAGUUAACAAAUAGGUGCUUGUUAGAUGCUUCUGUGUAUUUACUCUCAUUUCGAUUUCUUCUUUAUUCUUCCCUUCUGUUAUUUUUUUCCCUCCCAAAUUCAUUUAAUUUACUUUUCUUUCUUCAUUUCAUCUUUCUCUGAUACAUGAAACAGAUUUUAAUAUGAUCAAGCAACUUUUUCAAUAUAUUUUUGUAAGCUUGCUGAUUGCCAUGAAAAAUGGGGAACAGAUAUCCUGAAACAUUUGUUUGAUGAAUACUAGAAAGGUUUGUGUGUGCGUGUGAAUAGUGUACAAAAAUAUAACACAUAGUAUUCUAUGUAUAAGUCAUUACAACAUAUGUUACAUUAUCUCAUAUCUAAAAUUUAGAAUCUGUCUGCUAGUAACUUUAGUGAGCAGAAACUGAAAGAAUACUGUGCACAUUCUGAGUAUGCUGUGAUUAUUAUGUGCACACAGUGCAAGCAUUAUAAAAACAUAUUUUGUCACAUGUUUCCAUUAUUUUCUGUAAAAUAAUGAAUAUAAAAUUAAAAGUCAUAUGUUCCAACAAA